GUGACGCUAACACUGCAGCAAAGGUUCAGGUUGAUGAAUGUAAGCGGUUAUGUUGUGGCUUAAAUUACAGUUAAUAAUGUAACAGUUUCUUAUCAUGGGAUCUUAAUUAAUAUAACGAAAAAAUGUGUAUUGUAAAGUGAAGCGGUCGCAGAGGAGGAAAUGAAGAUGUUGACGAACAAGUGCCGCACGAAAAGACCCCUGUUUCCGUUGAUGUCCAAAGAUCCCGCCUCCACGGAGAAACACACCUAUCAGUGAUGGUUAUGGAGGAUGAUGGACGUCCCCACAGCCAAUCAGAGCCAGACACCCUGUCAGCCGUGGGCGGGCCAGAACGGCUGGUCCCCGGCUUCACCUCAAGAGCACCCCUGCAACCCUCUUCCCAGCUUUUAUCAUCUGAACCUGGGCUCACCUUCUGACCAGAGAACCUGCCACGACCAUCUGCAGGCGUCCAACCAGCGCUGCCAGAACGACAUCGCUUCAUGCAGAAGCAACACUCCUCAGAGCACGCUGUAUGUUAAUGCUGAUCAGUGUGUGCAGCCUAUCACUCCUGAUGCUAAUCUUUCAUCCGUGGUUCCAGCUGCAAGCCAUGAGAGAAAUAUACCUCCAUGUUCUCUCCCUCUUAUGAACGAAGGGACGCUGACUCGCAAGCCACAACAAAUGCCUUUUUACUCUCCUCACAGCCCUUACCAAGCGAUAUGUUCCCCUUUCCAGCCUCCGUACACACACCAGGGUUUACUGAAUGAACCUCAGUCAUCACAUCAAAAACAUCUUUCUAUCAGCUCUCCAUCAUUUGGACAGUGUGUAAACCAGAGUCCACAGUGUACCCCACAGCCGGCAUUUGAGAGGGCAAAUGUGGAGGCCUCUGUCGGAUACACCCACAGUCACGCCUCACCAUCCUCUCCUAUCCAACAGCAACCUCACUGGACACUUUCACCAGGCUCUAAAGGAACCAUAAAUGAGUUUGUUCCCAAUGCGACUCCACAGGACAGGAACAUCACGCCACAGUCUCCUAAUUCUGAGUCUCGUUACGGCCUGGACCCAGAGCUCCUGCCCAGUGCUGUGAAGGUGAUUGCAGAGGACAGGGCAGAGUGGGAGGGCAAGGUCUUCGUCUCUGAGCCUUUUUCCCGUCUUCCUCCUCUGGCAACUACUUCCUGUCUCAUAGAGGACAGGGGUAACGCGAGUCCCUUUGCCAUCCGCUCCGCCUCGUACUGUGUGCCCUGUGAAGGUCAGGCUGCCCUGCUCAGCCGUCUGCCGCUGGGAGCUCUGGUCACCCCUCUGGCAAAACAAACUGCUGGAGAGAAGCCCCUGCCGUUGUGCAAAGAGCCAGAGUGUGUUAUGGGUUGUGGUUGGUGCGGAGCCUCCAUGUGCCCGGCGAUGAGCUGGCAGGACUGUGGGCAGAGGUUUUACUGUCCCUUCUGUGGGAAACUCAGCGAAGUACCGUGGCAACACUACCAGCCCACCAAAGGCGUGGAGGGGGUUCGGGUGGACAAAGACACGAGGCCUGAACUCAGUAUGGGGUCAUACGAGAUCCUCAAUUCUCAGAAGGGUGAACCUGCUGCACUGCUUAUAGCCUUAGACGUGUCUGCCUCAGCGCUAAGAGGAGGACAUUUGGAGUUUGCAACACAACAAAUACUCACUCUGCUCCACUCUCUGAAAAGGGAGGAUGGUGAGGCCACGUCUGACGUCCGUGUUGGUUUGAUGACUUAUGACAGUAGGAUCCACCUGUACGACCUCAGCCCCGCCCUUUCCCGCCCACACAUGCUGGUCAUCACAGAGACGGACGACCUGCAGCUUCCUGUGAGGGAGGGGCUUCUGGUGCCCCUGAAAGACUGUAAAGAUGGUAUCGACAGUGUGUUGCAGCUCAUUCCUCAGUUUAGUUCAGAGUGUGAUGACUCUGGUGGAGUUCCCAUGGAGCUGCCUGUCAAAGCAGGACUAGCCGUACUGCAGGCCCUGAGUUGUCCUGGCAAGCUGCUGAUCUUCCAUACUGCCCCUCUGAUAGAGAUGGGACACACAAACACGUCCUCAGGGUUCUUUGGCUCCAACAAACCAAAGUCCAUCUUUCAGCCAUCAGAGUUAGCCGUCUCAUUGGCCAAGGAGUGCGUCAGUCAGGGCUGCGGCGUUCACCUGUUUGUCCUUGCCCAGCAAGAUGUGGGCGGGGCUUGGCCGGGACACAUUCCAUAUCUAACAGGUGGAGCUCUGUACACCUACAGCCACCUCCAGGGUGAAUUGGAUAGAGAGCGUUUCAGCACUGAUCUAAAGAGGAUCGUAGAGACGGACACAGGCUACAAGGCUGAGCUCAGGAUUUUUGUCAGCAAAGAUUUGCGUGUGUCUGGCUGUUAUGGACUUUUUAUUCCUGGGCCUAGCCCCGGCCAGGUCCCCAUGGCGACUCUUGACUGGCUUACAACGCUGGCUGUGGAGCUCGCACACACCAGAGCUCUGGACGAGGCGAGAGGUGUAGCCAUUCAGGCUGUAUUGUCUUACAGCACCCAGACCGGAGACAGGAGGACCAGGGUUCACACUCUGACCCUUCGAUGCUCACGUCACCUGCAGGAGAUAUUCAGGCAGUACCAGGCCCAAACGCUACUCACCUUCUACUGCAAAAGACUUUACUGUGCAGUGUUGGAGCGCCCCCUACAUGAGCUGAGGGAGGAACUGCAGACGGAGGCAACAGAAGCGCUGGCAUCUUACCGCAAACACUGCUGCUCUGCUUCAGUGUCUGCUGGACAGCUGGUUCUCCCUCAGUAUCUGCGAGCUCUUCCUGUUUACAUCAACAGUCUGAGGAAGAGCGAGGUGCUGCUGCCGGGGCUGAGGAGCUCCGUCCACCAGCGGCUGCAGCAGCGCUGUCAGGUGCUCAGCAUGGAUGCCUGCAGCACUUCCACACACUUCUACCCUCUGCUGCUGCCUCUGCCAAACUGUCCAAACCGAGAGGAGGCACUGCGCUGCUCUGCUGCCAGCCUGGAGCCCAGAGGUCUGUAUUUGGUUCACACACCCCUCACCCUGCUGCUCUGGGUGGGCACCCAAGUCCCAGUAUGCACCCUGGUUGAGCUCUUCAACACCAGCUGCUUCUCCUCCCUGCCCUCUGGAGAGACCAAGCUGCCAGUUCUUGACAAUCCUCUGUCCGUCAGUGUUCGAUCGCUCAUCAACACACUGAACUCCCAGACACCCUGUGCCCGCAAGCUGUGGGUGGUGAAGCAGGGCGACACCUGCGAGGAGGCCCUGCAGCGCCACCUGGUGGAGGACAAGAGUCCCAACGGGGGAGCGUCCUAUGCAGACUUCCUCUACCACCUCCACGUUAACUCUGUCCGGCUUCUGCAGUGACACACAGACAUGUUCGGACCUCUCUGGGUGCGUUAUCGCCUGCAAAAGACGACUCUGCAGCAGAUUUACCACAAAAAAAACUAGACCAGUGGGAUCACAAGUAUUACUUUACUAUAAAGUAGAAACGAUAAAGGAAUGUUGUCAGGCAGUGCAUGGGGACAUUUUAUGAGAUAUUUAUUUAUUUCAUGACAGCUGUGAUACGUGUGAUAUGUGAGUGACGUGUGCUGUGUUGAAUGUGAUUCGUGCUGUUCUGAAAAUGUGUUUGUUAAUUUAUUCCUGUGUCAUGACAAUUCUCUAAUCCCUGCCUGAGAUGUGUGUGUAUGUGUGUGUGUGCGUGCGUGCGUGUGUGUGUGAGAUGCCCACAGUAUGUUCUGUGUGUG